UUCGAAUUUUAUUUUCUAUAAUUUUUUAGGUCGUCAAAUCAAAAUUUACUUAUAUUCAAUUAUCAGUUAUUAUAAGUUUUCUGAACUUGAUAGUAUAAAAAAAGAGGUUAUUACUCUAAAAUUUAACUCUAUAUGUAGCCUAAGAGACCCUUUUUUUUUUGGAAUAUCCAAGGUGACUCCAACAAACUCCUUUGAUAUUUGGCCAAGCAAAACCAACAAAAAGCUUUCUGAAUAUUUUUCUCUUCCAUUUGAUAUUUUGUAUAUAGCCAAAAAGCAGCUGGUUGAAGUACGGCCAGGGGAGAAUACUUUGAUAGAAUGUUGAACGGGAACUAGAAUAGAAACUGUUACUGACGGAUCUUUACCUAGAAUCGAAGCUGGCCUUUAACUAGGCCAAGGUUGCUUGCUAACUCUCAGCCACUUGUCAGAAGGAAGUGCAGCUUGAUUGUCGGGGGAGAAUUGAAGCUGACCUUUAACUAGCCGACCACGACGUAAAUAAUGGUAUGUUUUUGCUUUCUAGUAGACCAGAAGAGGAUGAUGAGGCGGAGUAAACCGGUGGCUGGCUCGUGUUCGAGGUGCGGCCAUGGUGCUAAAGUUGUUGAUAUGCGCACUGCCACCAGAUUUUGUUACAUCCCCUUUUACUUCAAGUCUUGGAAGGCUAUUGUCUGUAGUUUCUGUGGUGCCAUUCUCAAAUCUUACAGAUAAAUAACAAUCUUUUCUUAAUCAGCUA